AAAACAACAUCCAAACUUUAAUAUCUCACUAAAACAAAAAAAAAGUAUUGACAGUCCGAAAUAUGAUUUCCGUCAAAAUAAUUAUUUUCAAGCAGUAUAUAGCGUAUAAUUGCUUGACAAGGGAGAUUACUGCAACAGAAAAUAUCCAUAACAAUGAGAGAUUAUCCGGAAGUCGGUCAACGGUGUCGAGGUAAACAUUUACCCGACAAUUUUUUUUAACCAACAAGCCCGAUGAUUUCAUCGCCAGUCGGGCUACCUUAAAGGAUUUUUUCGUAGCCUGGGUCAAUUUUUCGUCGCCACGGGCGAUCGGGCUACCGUUAAUUUCGCACACUGUAUCAAUAGAGCAUAGUUCCUAAAAUAAUUGAGAUAAUCUAAUAAUUUUUACUGUUCUGAUAAGAUGGGACAAUCCGGCUGUCCCUCCCCCUGGUUCAAGGCUGGCCCUGCAGCCCCAUUGUGGAUAAGUCAUGGAAGAAAGAAAAGACUUGCAACAUGCUAAGAGGAACGUUAUGGCUGGUUAAGUAGCAGUGUGUCUGCUUUAUAUUGACAUGAGCAUUUCCUUUCUGAGUGCGGGGUGCCAGGACAGUCUUCUGGUAUAUAGAAAUCUUGUUGAUAGACAUUUGUGGUGGUAGUAUUCAGUCUCUGUCUCUGAUGUGUUUUGAUGUCUCUCGUACUAUGUGUUCAACAACAGACCGGAAGUCACCCACAUACAGAAGCCCCUUCUUGGGGUCAAGGACAAGGCCAUUGGAGCAGUAACGCAGCCAUGACUCCAACCAACCUUGGGUCAUUUAAUGCCUCCCACAGUUACGCAAGUCCGGGAAACUCCUUCCUAUCCGCGAGUGGUCACGCAUCUAUAGACAGGAGUGGCUUCCAAACCAGCGGUGGUCAUUUGUCAGGUUUUUACAACUCUUCAUUUACUCCGUACUCGCCCGGUGCGUCACUGUCAAGUCUGGAUGGCAGUGGACUUCGAUCCAGACUUUCACUCUCAUCAUCAUUUAGAUCCCCUUCCCCAUCUGACAAGAUGACAGACUUACAGUCCUUGUCAGUGUACUUGAAGGAGCAGGAUGAGAAAGAUUACAAGGCAGCUCUCAGUUGCCAGGACAUGUCGCUGAACAGUUCAUCAUUCUGGUGUUACGGCCGUCCAAGCCUGGAUCUGAGUCAUGUGUUCCGUAAAAACCAGUACCAGCUUGCCAGUCGCUCCCCACAGAGCCAUAAGUCGCGGACGGAUGAUAGCGAUAAUAUGGGAGAAGAGGUCUGGAGGCCUCUGGGAGUGACAGAUGAUGACCUGUUCCUCUGCAUUGAGCACCUCAGAAAGUGGCUCGGCAAUACAAUAAUGGUGAAACUAUCACGGGAAAUUGACGCCAUCAAUUCACAGCUUCGGAAAAUAGGCAGUGAUGAUACAGAAAUUGGGGAGCUGGGUAGUGAUGGGUGUGUCAGCGAGUUCUUGUGGAAACGAGGUAGUGGUGGGGGCCAGUACGGGAAACCAUGGAGCGAACACUUGCCCACAGAUACUCAGUUGGUAAUGCACAUGUUCUGCACAUACCUGGAUUUGCGGCUUCCACCGGACCUAAGGUACCCCGAUGGAAAAACGUUCACCAGCCAACACUUCCUCAAAACUCCAGACAAACCUAACCUUGAGAAGGAUAACUUACUGCUAUACCAGACCAGCAUUAACCCACCACAUUUCCAAGUGGUCAUUAAAGACACUGUGUUCAACCUGCCCAAGGGUAGAAACAACAUGUUCCAUGCCAUCCUGUUUUUCCUUUACCACAUACAGCACAAGGAAAAUGGAAUGUUAGAGUAGGCUUACUAGGCUGUUGAUAUUUAAUGUCCUUCAUUUAAGGGUAAUUUCCAUAAUAAGUGUGUGAUAUGAAACUCAAUGACAUUAGUGACUAAGGCUUGAUUUUCGUUUCACAAACAGAGGUCUAACAUUGUUCAGCCAUAUAAAGUCUGAUUUCAAUGACUGUACAGAAAUUGUUUUCCCCACUUAACUUAAAUGCUAGUAGUUGUAAUACUUUGGUGCAUGUUACUUCAUUGCAUAAUGAAAACAAUGGGCUGAUUGUUCAGAGUUUUGUUAAAAUUAACAACCUUGUUAACUUUAUCAUUGUUAACUUUCAAAAUUACUGCUCAGGAAGUUUAAUGGAUACACUUGUGAUCUGCUGAAUUUCUAACAAGAUUUGUCACAACUGUUUCAACUGUUCUUGUUUAUAAUCAUAUAAGCAGUCAUCAAAUAGUUAACGAUUGAAAGUUAACAACGAUGUCGAUAAUCACGUUAUCUGUAACAAUGUUCUGAACAAUCUGUCCAAUGUGUUACUAUGGUUAAGAAUUUAAAGAUAAAAAUAAGUAUUCAGGUUGUAUUGAAGUUUAAAGCUCGAGAAAAAGUCACGGUAUUGUGGUAGCCUUAGUAUUAUUGGACGAGUCAGCGUUGUGCAAAAACGCCAACCUUGACAAAAUCUCUUAAACCAUUCAAGAUAUUCAAAUGAAACUUAAUACACGUGUUGACAGGCAAAAUGUGUAGCAAGG